CUUCCCAGCCACCCGAAAGCUCCUCCCGCCCGGUGACUCCGGUGCUGCUACCGCUUUCACUUUUCCAGGUGUAAAAGUUUUAAGUCGGCACCAAGCGGGGCGAGGCGGCGGUGGCGGCAGCAGCUCGGUGCGGCAGCGAGCGAGCCGCCUUCGGCAUGGCGGGAGAGAGGUUCGUCCGCUUCUUCCGAAAUAGCCUGACACGGAGGUCGUCUAGGAGAGGUGACUCCCAGGAUACAAAUCCUACAGAAAGCAAAUCUGGUGCUGAUGUAAGGCUGAUACAAAGAAGCAGUUUUUCUUAUUCAGCUGGACACCCAUUUUUUGAAUACCUGGUUGUAGUCUCACUUAAAAAGGACAUAAAGGGAAAUUAUGAGCCCAAGAUUACCUAUCAAUUUCCAAAGCGUGAGAAUCUACUGAGAGGACAGCGUGAAGAAGAGGAAAGGUUGCUUCAGGCCAUUCCCUUGUUCUGCUUCCCGAAUGGUAAUGAAUGGGCACCCCUCAUGGAGUAUAAGAGUGAAACGUUUUCUUUUGUCCUUACCAAUAUUGAUGGGAGUAGAAAAAUUGGCUACUGCAGGAGACUGUUGCCUUCUGGACGAGAUCCUCGACUCCCUGAAGUUUAUUGCAUUGUAAGCUGUCUUGGUUGCUUUGGACUAUUUUCAAAGAUUUUGGAUGAAGUAGAGAAGAGGCGACAGAUCUCUGCAGCAGUCGUUUACCCCUUUAUGCAGGGCCUACGUGAAUCUCCCUUCCCAGCACCAGGAAGAACGGUUACCAUUAAAAGCUUCAUCCCCGAAUCCGGAACAGAGCAAAUUGAGCUGACCCGACCAUUGGAUUCUCACCUGGAGCAUGUGGAAUUUCAGGCCCUUUUAAAGUGCCUCAGUCCUGAGAAGAUACUUCUGAUAUUUGCCUCUGUAGUUCUGGAGAGACGGAUAGUCUUCCUGGCUGAUGAGCUUAGUUCCCUCUCCACGUGCAUUCACUCAGCUGCUGCUCUUCUUUACCCAUUUACUUGGGCCCAUACAUACAUCCCAGUGGUUCCAGAGAAACUUCUCAGUACAGUCUGCUGUCCUACACCAUUUAUGGUUGGGAUCCAAAAGCGCUACUUGGCAGAGGUUCUGGAUCAGCCUAUGGAAGAGGUGUUGCUUGUGGAUCUGUCCCAAGGAGUAUUCUUAAAAAUGGUUGGAGAUGAGGAGGAGAUUUUGCCACCCAAGUUGAGAAGUGAAAUGUUGCACUCUUUGCCAACAAUGAACAACAACAUCCAGACAUCUGAGGAAUUCAAUACACAAGUCUCGGACACCUUUAUACAAUUCUUUGUGAAGAUGAUUGGUCACUAUCCAGCACAUAUCAAAUGGAGCAGAAAUGGCACAGGCAGUUUCCAAGAACAAUCAUUUUGCAAGGCUAUCACCUCAAAGACCAACCGCAGAUUUGUGAAAAAAUUUGUUAAGACUCAAAUGUUUUCAUUAUUUAUUCAAGAAGCAGAAAAAAGCAAGAAGUGCAUAGAAGGAUAUUUUCAGCAGAAAUUAAAUGAAUAUCAAGAAGAAAAGAAGCACAGGAGACUCUCCUGAAUCUUUGCUUCAUAAGAGAAGAUUGGUCCUUUGGAGAUAGGCAGGUCUGAAACUGAUCAUCUACCUGGAUUAGGUCCAUAGGUGAAAGAUACCGUUGGUAUUAUUAGCUGUCCUGGUAGUACCUGUGCUUUGUACGUAAACCAUGAAAAGUCACGGGGAGCCUUGGAUACUGUUUUCUAUAUUUUCCUUUUUCUUGUGGCUGGCAUUACAUGCUGCUGGUUACUUGCCUGAAAUUUUGUAGUCCAACUGACAAUCAAAGCUGCAGUUCCACAGAAUGAAUGGCAAUAUAAAAACUGUAUAAUGGAACACUUCUAAUAGGGUGUUGAUAAUAGGGUUCUAAAAUUUUUUUAAAUUUUUUGUCAGAUACAGUAAACAAUGCAUAAGAGAGAGAAUGCACUGGAAAUAAUGAGACAAUUACAUUCAUUGAAAACAUUUUUAUUCUCAUUAAACUGGUUUCCAGGCCAAAAAUCUUAUGUUGAAUGUUUGUACUUGAUGCGAUUAUAAAAUGGAUGUUAAAUUGUUACAUGAAUUCUAUACUUUGUUUAUGUUUUAAGAAGCAAUGCUUGUCCCACUAUCACAUGAAAUUUCUCCUACUAAACAAUUUAAAGGAGGGAAAUAGAACCACAAUAUUAAAGAAUGACUUGAAGAGCAUAAGAAUAAAGAAAUAGAAAAGCAAACAGAUUCCCAGUUGAUUUUGUAAAGGAGGUUGUCCACCCAAUUUUACCCAUUCCACCACUAUAAAAUAUAAUCAAUGAAUUGGGAGACACACAUUCUUGCACUGAAUGUUGGGGAUCCAGGAGAAUAAGCAAACCCGAGGAUGCUAUCUUUGAGGGACUGUUGCUGUUCCCUAGCAUCAUAAGAGGCAUUGUAGUGUCACAGUUAGAACAAGUAACUGCCAAUGAAUAGUUACUCAGACAUAUUUGUUCCUAUUUGAAUGAAUGAAAUUCUUAGGGGCCUAAAUCUUGGUGAAUUUCCAGUGCUAAUUUGGAAAAUAUUAAUCAAAGCUAUCAUUUAGCUAGGAAAAAAAUCAACGAUUUCCUACAUCUAGUGUUCAUUUCCAGGAUGGUUGACCAUACAUCAUCCUCCAGAUUUUUAGUAACUUCAACGAUCUGAUGGUUAGCUACAUUAGUUACAGAUGGUAAGAACUGAAAUCUAAUACAGUUGAAUAGUACUAGGUUGCUUAGUUUACCUUUAAGUUCUUCUUGAUAUGUUACAAAUACUAAUAUAGACACUGAGUAGUUGGUUCCAAUAUAAUAUAAAUCUGAUAUGUAAUAGUUAUCUCAGGAGCUGUAGAUUUUGCAUACCUUUUCUAAAGAUAGAAAGGUUGUCUUUGUUCUCCCUGAAAUAUUCUGUCACUAUGCUGAAAUAGAGAAUGCAAGUAAAGGAUUAGCUUGGAGAAGACUGGAUCAACCAAAUCUGCUAUCUUCCAAUUUCCCCAACAUGCUUUGCCUCAAGAAUAAAUAAGUAGUACCAUAUCUUUACAACAGGUGGAAAAUAUUUUAAAAAGCAGUGGGAAGGGGCAAUAGAUGUCCCUCUUGCAUAAGUUCAGCAGAGUUUAGGAUUUGAGAAUGUGAGGCUUGGUUUGGUUUGUCACAUUGUUUUGUUGUAUACCAAUUAUUGCUAUCUUCAGUUCAACAAAUGUAUGUAUAAAGUUGAACAUCAUGCCAAAUAUAACUACUUUUUCAGAA